CUGACAAAAUGGCUUAGCGUUUAGAAACAAAGACCGCUCUUUCUUCUGUUCUGUGUACUAUUAAGAUAACCUAUAUAACCUAUUCUUCCCUAUUACUCUUUAACCUCUCUAUUCCCAAACCCUGAAAGCCAAGCCUAUGGCCAUGGUUGGUGAUGCUUUUCUUCUUCACCCAAACCCCGCCUCCACCAUCACCUCCAGUUCCAAUUCUUCAAACUCCAAGAAACCCAAAGACAAAAAGAAGAAGAAGAAGCGUGGCGGAACCAAGAAGAAGAUGACUGCUGAGCAGACUCUUGCUUUUAAAUCUAUUACUGAAUGGGUAUAUUUGGACCAAUACCUCAACACUAAUAAUUCUUCUGCUUCUUCUUUUGUUGUCGAUGAUUUUGGAGUUCCAAGAAGUCUUGGAAGAGGAGGGGAGAAAGUGGUGUUUGAAUUGCAUUCGCAUUCCAAGUUUAGUGAUGGGUUCUUGUCGCCUUCUAAGCUUGUUGAGAGAGCUCAUGGCAAUGGGGUGAAAGUUCUAGCUCUGACAGAUCAUGACACACUGGCUGGUAUACCUGAGGCCAUUGAAGCAGCUCGCCGUUUUGGCAUUAAGAUAAUCCCAGGCGUUGAAAUCAGCACAAUAUUCUCUUCAAGCAGCACCGAGUCGGAAGAGCCUGUUCACAUCCUUGCUUAUUACAGCAGCUGUGGGCCAGCAAGGUAUGAAGAAUUGGAAAGAUUCCUUGCUACCAUAAGGGAUGGUCGUUAUUCACGUGCAAAGGACAUGGUCUUGAAACUAAAUAAACUGAAGUUGCCGCUUAAGUGGGAGCAUGUGGCCAAAAUUGCUGGCAAAGGAGUUGCUCCAGGAAGGCUGCAUGUCGCUCGAGCUAUGGUUGAAGCAGGUUAUGUAGAAAAUCUGAAACAGGCUUUUGCUAGAUAUCUGUAUGAUGGCGGACCAGCAUAUUCCACAGGCAGUGAACCUCUUGCAGAGGAAGCAGUGCAACUGAUAGUUAAAACAGGCGGGUUGGCAGUGCUGGCUCAUCCAUGGGCAUUGAAGAAUCCUGUAGCUAUCACUAGAAGGUUGAAAGAUGCUGGCCUUCAUGGGAUGGAGGUUUACAGAAGCGAUGGAAGACUAGCAGCUUACAGUGAUUUAGCAGAUGCUCAUGGUCUUUUGAAGCUCGGGGGUUCAGAUUAUCAUGGAAGAGGUGGGCAUGGUGAGUCGGAACUGGGAAGUGUGAACCUUCCAGUGUUGAUCUUGAAUGACUUUCUUAAGAUUGCUCGGCCAAUCUGGUGUGCUGCCAUUAAAGACAUUCUGAAACGUUAUGCAGAUGAACCAUCUGAGUCAAAUCUGUCCAGCAUCAUGAGAUUCGUUAGGGCAAGGAUUUUCAAAGGAAGUCAUCCUUUGAGCUGUGGCAAAGACUUGAUUGACCAGUGCCUAUCAUUGUGGCUAACCAAAGAAGAGAGGCAGAAUACUGAAUUUGAGGCUAUGAAAUUGAAACUUUCCCAUGUUUCAAUCAAUCAAGGUGGUAUAAAUGUUCCUAUAGAGACUAAAUAAUAAUUCUCUAUUGAAAUUGACAUAAUUCUACCAAUUUUUUUUAAGGCAAGGAUGAUAUUGUUUUAUCAUUUGUAUUUCAUCAUUGGGGAACAUUAUUAUUAUUAUUAUUUCUAUAGAUUUCUCAUUCAGGCUUUA